GUGCCAGCGGAGUGAGGCGUUUUCUCUCAUGUUGCUGUUUUGCAGUUUAUACCUUCAGUGGGGUUUAAAUCUGCAGCUCAGGGGAACCGAGGAACGCCGCUCAUUUCUCCACACUCUCAUUUGGUCCUGCUGUACCGUUUAUUCUUUUUGCCUGAUGGCUUUCUAACCUCUUGGGUCCAUCCUGAACCUAGGUUUUCAUCUGAAGGACAGAGAGAGAGAGAGCGAGAGAGAGAGAGCGAGCGCACCAUGUUCAGCUGGCUGGGAACAGACGACAGGAGAAAAAGGGAUCCUGAGGUGUUUCACACUGUCAGUGAGGGACUCAAGAAGCUGUACAAAACCAAACUGCUGCCUUUAGAAGAGUACUACAAAUUCCAUGAGUUCCACUCACCAGCUCUGGAGGAUGCAGACUUCGACAACAAGCCCAUGGUGCUGCUGGUGGGACAGUAUUCCACUGGCAAAACCAGCUUCAUACGAUACCUGCUAGAGCAGGACUUCCCAGGCAUGCGGAUUGGUCCAGAGCCCACCACAGACUCAUUUAUAGCUGUGAUGCACGGGGACAUUGAAGGCCUCAUACCGGGAAACGCUCUGGUCGUGGAUCCAAAGAAGCCUUUUCGUAAGCUCAAUGCUUUUGGCAAUGCGUUCCUCAACAGGUUUGUGUGUGCCCAGCUACCCAACCCUGUUCUGGAGAGCAUCAGUGUGAUUGACACUCCAGGAAUUCUGUCUGGAGAAAAGCAAAGAAUUAGCAGAGGCUACGACUUUGCGGCUGUGCUGGAGUGGUUUGCUGAGCGUGUGGACCGCAUCAUCCUUCUAUUCGAUGCUCACAAGCUUGACAUCUCAGAUGAGUUCUCGGAUGUGAUAAAAGCCCUGAAGAACCACGAGGACAAGAUCCGUGUGGUACUUAACAAAGCAGACCAGAUCGAGACUCAGCAGUUAAUGCGCGUCUAUGGUGCCCUGAUGUGGUCGUUGGGAAAGAUUGUGAACACGCCCGAGGUGAUCCGUGUCUACAUUGGCUCCUUCUGGUCACACCCACUGCUCAUCCCUGACAAUCGCAAAUUGUUUGAGGCUGAGGAGCAGGACCUGUUCAAGGACAUCCAGUCGCUGCCACGCAAUGCUGCUCUGCGUAAACUCAACGAUCUCAUCAAGAGGGCCAGACUUGCCAAGGUCCAUGCCUACAUCAUCAGUUCUUUGAAGAAAGAAAUGCCCACUGUAUUUGGGAAAGAGAACAAAAAGAAGGAACUGAUCAACAGCCUGGGAGAGAUCUACAGUCGGAUUGAGAAGGAGCAUCAGAUUUCUCCUGGAGACUUCCCCAAUCUUAAAAAAAUGCAGGAACAGCUGCAAGCCCAUGACCUGAACAAGUUUCAGCCAUUAAAGCCAAAGCUGCUGGACACAGUGGAUGACAUGCUGGCACAUGACAUCGCCCAACUGAUGGUACUGGUGCGCCAAGAGGAAACACAGCAGCCUGGCCAGGUGGUAAAGGGCGGUGCCUUCGAGGGCACCAUGAACGGACCAUUUGGCCACGGAUAUGGCGAAGGUGCUGGCGAGGGUAUUGAUGAGCUUGAGUGGGUGGUUGCGCGUGACAAGCCUACAUACGACGAGAUCUUUUACACACUCUCGCCUGUCAAUGGCAAGGUGACUGGUGCGAAUGCCAAGAAAGAGAUGGUCAAGUCAAAGCUGCCUAACACCGUGCUGGGCAAAAUAUGGAAGCUGGCUGACAUUGACAAGGACGGCAUGCUGGAUGAUGAGGAGUUUGCUUUGGCCAACCACCUCAUCAAGGUCAAACUGGAAGGGCAUGAGCUUCCCAGCGAGCUUCCGUCCCAUCUGGUACCUCCUUCCAAGAGAAAAAUACCAGAGUAAUACCACAGCAGGUCAUAUUUAGGAAAAGUGACUAUUAGGACUUUGGAAACUGUAUGGAACAUUAACAAUGAACAUGAUUACGUAAAUAAAUUGCUAGUAUCUGACUGCCCUGAAUUUUCCCUAGAGGUCUGGAUUGAAGUUUGUCUGAUGACUAUUUUCACCUGUGUGUGUUUGUGUUUAAGAAAUGACAAAAGUUAGGCUCAGUACAACAUUUCUGGAUUGACCCACACAUCCAUAUUUUAAACAUGCUUAAACCGUAUACAUUUUAUUUCACUUUUAAUUUCUGUCUCAGAGCACUCGUGUCUUAACAAAAAAAAGUAAUAUCAUCCUUAGUCUUAAUUACCCUUGUCACAGUAGUUAUCCUAAAUAUAACCACAAAUAUAAGAAACACACUCUUUUUUUCCUAAGUAUAUGUACGUUGUACGUCUUGUGAAGGGGGCAUCAUGAUGAAUGCAAGCCCUUUCUAGCCUGACCAAGAGACUGUUAAUGAUAUACUGUAUGUGUUGUGUGAGAACGUUGACUAUUUGACUCUGUAUUUAGUGUAUGGAUGGAUGGGUAGUGAUAGCAAUCUUGUCAAUUAAUAUAGUGUACUGUACAUGUUAAUCCCUCUUUAAUGUUAAUUUUAGAUGUAUUUAAAAUACUUACUUGAUUCCUGUUUUUAAAAAUACAGAUUUAAAAAUGUAAGUCAGCACUAACAUUUACAUCUAACUUAUUUAACACUUUUUUUAAAGCUGGUUAUGCAUCAAUAUAAAUAUUUAUGUUUUUGUCUGUACUUGUUCCUUGUUGAUAAUUCAAUCAUACUGCAACAGUUCACAAACAUUUUUCUGUGUAUCCUUGAAAGCUGUGUAUAGUGUUUACUGUGAUUUAACAGUGAAACAUACCUAUAUGCAGCACAUGCUCAUAUGGAGCCUCUGCCUGUAUGCUCAGACAAGGCAGAAAUGUUUCUAAAUAAAGGUAAACAUGAUGCUUGAAAAUGAUCGCUAUUGCUACCACAGGCCUAUAAUUUCGGGUCACGAUGGUCAAAAUAAUAAAGUGCAUCCCGUGUCUGGUUCCCAUGUUUGAUUUAUUGGUGUGCUCAACAACCUUUAGUCAUCCGAGUUAAUAAACUGCUGUGUACCAAUGCA